UCCCGGGCCAGGAGAAGAGACUGCAGAAUGACAUCCAUGUUUCACUCCAACACAUCCCAUCCUCCCAUGGGACAGGGGAGAAAAAUGGCUGCAGUGGAGCAAGUUCAGGGGUCGGUGACUUUCGAGGAGGUGGCUGUGUAUUUCACCAGGGAAGAGGAGGCUCUGCUGGAUGCCACUUAGAGAGCCCUCUACCGAGCCGUCAUGCAGGAGAACUAUGAGAAUGUGACCUCGCUGGCAGGUGAUGCAAUGGUAUGUGAGAAAGAGGAGCAGAAUUAUCAGCAGGAAAAUAUUGAGCAAGUGGAUAAACAGAAAGAAUUAUCGCAAAGAUCGAAAAGGAAUGUGUCCAGGAGUCAUGAGCUGGGGAAAUCCUGUGAGAUUCAGCACGGACCAGAAAGAGAACAGGGAAGCCAGCCAAGGGAGAAAGUGGGUAAAUGUAUUUCCUGUCCAGGAACUCAGAAGGACCUUAAGGAAACCACAACACAGCAGGAAAUCCUCAGGGGAAAGAGAAAAAAUACAUGCACUGAGUGUGGGAAAAACUUCUGUGACUAUUCAGCCCUUAUUAGUCAUCAGAGAAUCCACACAGGGAAGCGGAUCUAUGAAUUCAGUGAGUGUGGGAAAAGCUUCACUCAGAGAUCACACCUUACUAGGCAUCAGAUAAUCCACAGAGGGGAGAGGCCCCAUAAAUGCAGUGAGUGUGGGAAAAGUUUCACUCACAGAUCAGACCUUUCUAAACAUCAGAAAAUCCACACAAGGGAGAGACUCUAUGAAUGCAGUGAGUGUGGGAAAUCCAACACCAGUCAAAAGUGA